AGCGAGGGGCCCUUCGCGCGCACUGUAACGCAGCAGCCGAGGCGCAUUCGGAAGCGGACCAGCGUCUUGCUCGCGCCUCCGGGAGAUUGUGUAUACCAUAAUUGUCGGUUGUUCUUCCCUCCUUCUAAGCAUGUAGAUUCAGUCUCGAGAUAUCUAGUGUUUUAUACAGGAUCGGCUGGGCGUGUUCGUUUCUUGUGGAGUUUAUAACGUAUAAUUUGCCCGCCUGUUAGCGUUUUAGUGAAGUUUGACGGAGGAUACGUCAGCUGGCAACACCUCGACUUGGAGACAGUGUGACAUAGUCGGAGAGCGAUCGGCGCAUUGGAUUGAGAGUGCAGGCAAAAAAGAAACUUACAUAAAAAAUGGAUGAAGCUGGAAGACUGAUUCACUCCCCCGAAGACUCUGGUGAUUUGCUUGCCGACAAUGGGAUUCCAAACGCAGGAGGCUACAGGAUUACAGGUCCCAUCAAUGGUCAAGAGCAAUCGGAUCAAGCGUCGGGAACGUCAAACGGCGUCGGUCGCCGGAAAGAUAUAAACGAGCUGCUGCAGCAGGUCAUGAGUAUCCAGACACAGACCAUAGACUCUUCACCGGUUAGCGUUAACGAAUCCAAAUGGGCAUUAUAUAACCACCCGCUUAUGCCGGCUCUCUUCAACGUCCUCUGCGAGUUUAAGGAAAAGACCGGACUUUCCCUAAGACACACUCACGAGGAGGACUUACAACCCGACGCUCAACUCAUGCGACUCGAUAAUAUGCUCAUCGCCGAGGGCGUCACCGAGCCUAACAAAGCUGGCGGUUCCGCGGCUGCUAGAGCUUCUAGUCAAAUCGAUAGCGCGAUCGAGCACUACGACUACCGCAGCAAACUUGCCACGAUUCGUCAGUGGUAUCACCAAGAGCUUAAGAAGUGCGAGCGCGACACUAGUGUAUUCACGGACCACGUGAUGACGUUGAUCAAGGAACAAGGCGCUGUCAGGCCGAUCAACAGCAAGGAGGGCGAGAAGACCGUACAGAUAAUCCAGAAGAAGCUCAGCAAUAUCCAGAUCCAAUUAAAACAGCAGACUUGCGAGGCAGUGAUGAGUUUGAGAAGCCGAUUUCUCGACGCCAGGCGCAAGCGACGCAAUUUUAGCAAACAAGCCUCGGAGAUACUCAAUGCCUAUUUCUACUCGCACCUGAGUAAUCCGUAUCCCAGCGAGGAGGCCAAGGAGGAACUGGCCAGAAAGUGUGACAUCACCGUUUCGCAGGUGUCCAACUGGUUCGGCAACAAGCGCAUUCGCUAUAAAAAGAACAUCGGUAAGGCGCAGGAGGAGGCGAACCUGUACGCGGCGAAGAAAGCUGCAGCGAUUGCCAGUAGUUGUGCGGCCGCCGGAUCGUCGCCUUAUCAUGGAGGCUCCUCGAGCCAUGGCACGCCAACUCCGAUUAUGUCACCGGCACCAUCGGUCGGCUCUCAGGACAUGGGCCACCAGGUUUACGCUAUGAACAUGAAUUAUCCUGGCGCUGGACAGGCCUACGCUGCUUCUGGAAUGGGAUACGAUCCUAUGCAUCAUCAAAGACUGUCUCCCGAUUCGCAAUAAAAUGUUGUGGUUCGAAUGGUUUGUCAUUUUCGGGUUUAUCGAGCCUAACUGUUACCGACUGAUUAGCAGUGUUAGGGUGGGGGAUAUUACGAUAAUGUCAGAUGCCCUGUGUAAAUCAAGAAAUCAGUUUCAUUAUACAUGUUUUCACAUUGAGCGAUAGCACAUAGGGUAUUUCAAAGGAUUUGCAAGCAAAGAGCGUUUAGUUACCUGUUUUGAAUGAGUAUAAAUAGAUUGACUUUUACUAUAGUAUAGUUUAUUCUUGAUGGAUAAAAGUUGUCAAUUUUUAGAUGUAGAUUACAAUUGAUUGUAUUUUGCUAUGUUUUCUGCCGAGCGUGGGUGACACGUUGACGUGAUGGCAAAAUAAACGACGAUACAAGCAUGGGUAGCUUGUUUUCUUUAAUUAGUGCAAUAAAUAUAAAAAGAUUGCAUGUUUCAUGUGCACGUCGUUCCAUAUAUUUUUGUAAAACGUUUCGUUAAAUUAUGCCUACAAUAAAACUGAAAUUAAAUUAGCUAAAA